AAUUACAUUUUGUGCUUUUCUUGUCUCUUCAGUGACGCCGCUAUAUACUCUCCCUCGCUCCCCUCUCUCUCCCACCUAAAUCGGCAACACGUAAGAACACCCAUCAACACACAGCACACAAAAACCAGCAUAACACUGUAUACACACACGCAAAUAUAGAGAGAGAAAGGGCGGGAAUGCUGAGAUUGAUUGGCACUAUAUCAACUUGAUAAAUAUAAAUAUAUAUAGAGUAUAUGGGGAGCAACAAAACAUUUGUGGAUGGGGUUCGUAGAUUGUUUCAGCGUAGGUCUACAUCAUCUUCUUCAUCAGUGAAUGAUAAUACUAAUGAUCAGAAAAAUACCCAUUUGACUGUCAGUAAUAUUGGGCCUAAAAUAGUUGAGAAGGAAGAAGAAGGGCUUAAAAUCACUGAAGAUUUUGACUUUUCCGGGCUUUCUGUUAUUAAAGUACCUAAACGUGUUACUCUUGUUAUGGAUCCUCACAAAAAGAACUCGUUGGAUAAAGAGUUCUUUACAGAGUAUGGGGAGGCAAAUAGAUACCAAAUUCAAGAAGUUGUUGGGAAAGGUAGCUAUGGUGUUGUCGGUUCUGCAGUAGAUACCCACACGGGCGAAAGAGUUGCAAUUAAGAAAAUUAAUGAUGUAUUUGAUCAUGUGUCUGAUGCAACCAGAAUCCUUAGAGAAAUAAAGCUCCUUAGGCUGCUAAAGCAUCCUGAUAUCGUUGAAAUAAAGCAUAUUAUGCUUCCUCCUUCUCGGAGGGAGUUUAGAGAUAUCUAUGUUGUUUUUGAGUUGAUGGAAUCUGACCUUCACCAAGUAAUUAGAGCUAAUGAUGAUCUCACACCUGAGCAUCAUCAGUUUUUCUUGUACCAGCUUCUUCGUAGCCUAAAGUAUAUGCACUCAGCUAAUGUAUUUCAUCGUGAUUUAAAGCCAAAAAAUAUCCUUGCCAAUGCUGACUGUAAAUUAAAGAUUUGUGAUUUUGGACUUGCACGAGUAUCAUUUAACGAUGCCCCAUCUGCUAUUUUUUGGACCGACUAUGUGGCAACAAGAUGGUAUCGUGCUCCCGAACUCUGUGGCUCCUUCUUCUCUAAAUAUACUCCUGCAAUUGAUAUUUGGAGCAUUGGAUGCAUAUUUGCCGAGAUGCUUACUGGAAGACCUUUGUUUCCUGGAAAAAAUGUUGUACAUCAGUUGGAUCUCAUGACUGAUUUGCUUGGUACUUCUCCCCCUGAAACAAUUGCAAGGAUUCGGAAUGAAAAGGCCCGGAGAUAUUUAAAUAGUAUGCGUAGAAAACAGCCAGUGCCGUUUUCACAGAAAUUCCCUAAGGCUGAUCCUUUGGCACUUCGGCUGUUGGAGCGUUUGCUCUCUUUUGAUCCUAAGGACAGACCAUCAGCUGCAGAGGCACUAGCUGAUCCCUACUUUCAAGGUUUGGCAAAUGUGGAACGGGAACCAUCGACUCAACCCAUUUCAAAACUCGAGUUUGAAUUUGACAGGAAAAAAUUAGCAAAAGAUGAUGUUAGGGAGCUGAUUUACAGAGAGAUUUUGGAGUAUCACCCACAAAUGCUUCAGGAGUAUCUUCGUGGUGGAGAACAGACUAGCUUCAUGUACCCAAGUGGCGUUGAUCGGUUUAAGCGACAAUUCGCGCAUCUUGAGGAGCAUCCUGGUAAAGGUGGAAAAAAUACUCCUCUCCAGAGACAACAUGCAUCAUUGCCCAGAGAACGGGUUCCGGCACCCAAGGAUGAAGCUACUACUCAUGAAAGUAAUGAUUUUGAGAAGCGUACUGCAGAUUCUGUUGCUUCAACGCUUCAUAGUCCUCCCGGACAGUCUGACAGUGCACGCAGCUUGUUAAAGAGUGCUAGUAUAAGUGCUUCCAAGUGUAUUGGAGUACAACCAACAAAAGAGGCUGAAGAAGAUGCACUAGCUGAGAAACUGGAGGAGGUUGAAGGGGUAACUAAAGCUGUUGCAGCCGUUGUUGUCUGAAUGAAAUAUAGCAGUUAGUGGCCUUGGAAGUUUGUUUACGAGCUGAUCCCUUGGCUCAAUGGACUCAAAACGCUUAUCUUAUGUGCUGCUCUCUUGGUUUCCUUCGCUGUACUGUCUGAAUUGAUUAAACCAGUUCUCCCGUCAUAGUUUGGUUUGUUUCAGGCAGUAAUAGCUCUAGGACCGCAAUGAAGAAAUGAUCCCUAUAUGUCACUGGUUUUGUAGCAGAGAAGCUAAUAGAUACAACUAGUAUUUUUUGCAUUCUGGUGAAUUUGUAUUAUAGUUUUGAUGUGUCGGUAAAAUCAGAAAUAUUAUAUCUUUUCUAGUCAAAUUUGGACCUGGUUACACUUA